UUUUUCGAGGCUUUCCAAGGGCAUCGGCGAGCGGCACGGCGCGGCAGCGAUGUGCACGUCUGACGGCCACACGGAGCAAGAGGGAGGGCAGCUGCUUCUGCUCCUAUAAUCGUUGAGUUUUCCGAGUUAUCGGCCAUAUCCAGGGUUCGAGCACUCCGCCGUAGCUCCUCACUUGGUUCACUACCUGGCUUUCGGAUGCGACGUCAUGAGUUGAUCGCCUGACAGAUGUUGCUGUGUUGCAGUUCCACGGGCAUAGAUCGUUCUCCCUGUUCCGGGCUCUGAUUCCGUGAGACGGUUUGUGUGAUAAAUGUUAAGUCCUCGCUGUGCGCUCGGACGGAUCGCAGCGUUCAUUUAGUCUUCGGGAUUGCAUAAAAUGAUACCUGGAUCUGCCGCAUCAAUGCUACCAUCUGCAGAAGCUGCGAAAUUGUACCAGACCAAUUACGUCCGCAACUCCCGUGUCAUCGGACUUUUAUGGGCCAUCUUCACUAUCCUCUUCGGUAUUGUUAACGUGACCAUCUUCUCACAGCCCUAUUGGAUCGGGGAUGGCGUGGAUACGCCGCAGGCCGGCUAUUUCGGCCUUUUUCACUACUGCGUCGGAGACGGACUCUCCAGAGAGCUGGCCUGCCAGGGUAGCUUCACCGAGUUCUCCGCUAUCCCCUCGGGUGCGUUCAAGGCCGCUUCCUUCUUCAUUGGAAUGUCCAUGAUGCUGGUUGUCACCUGCAUCGGCUGCUUCAGUCUCUUCUUCCUCCUCAGCACCUCCACCGUGUACAAGAUCUGCGGCUGGAUGCAAGCAGCAUCAGGUGUCUGUCUGGUGCUCGGCUGUAUGAUCUAUCCUGAUGGUUGGGACAGCGACGAGGUCCGGCGGAUGUGCGGAGAGCAGACAGACAAAUACAGCCUGGGGGCCUGCUCGGUGCGCUGGGCCUACAUCUUGGCUAUUAUGGGCAUCCUGGACGCUCUCAUCCUCUCCUUCCUGGCCUUCGUCCUGGGGAACCGGCAGGAUGGACUCAUGACAGAAGAGCUGCUGGCUGAGAGCAAGGAGGGAGGCAACGCCUAAUCAAAUGUAGGUUCCUGAAUUUCCAUGUGUCCGUUUUCAUGAAGUACCAGUCCCUCAACAUCAGCUUAAAGGAGGGAGGCAAUCCAGGUCUCUGAAGGAGAGGAAUACUGUGGAACCAGCCAGCCUGCCUAUCACAUCUACCUGCCAAAAAACCCAGCGAACCUCCCCUUGAUGUCCAUCCAUCUUGCUUGCAAUCCCCAAAUCAUCAUCCCCAGCACUUAGAUGGAGCCCAAUGCACUUUUAUCCCAGUGUGUCUACAGAGCUGACCCUUGCACAACAUUGCAUAGACCAUGACAGGGGCAGAGACUGUUAUCCCAUCAAGAAGUAUAUGGACUACCCACUACCUACCUGAGAAGGCACAGGGUUGACAUUGUACACCUGCCCUACGAGCACAGACACAAACACACAUACUGUACACACACACACACACACACACACACACACACACACACACACACAAGCGCCGCCUCACACCUCAUAUGCACAAACACAACUCUGUAACACACGCACAUACAGUACAUUCAAACACAUCCACAAACUCUGUAAUUACAAGUAUUAAACUAUGUUAACACUUAGCCGUGUGUACCACCGUCAGAAUGUGUGUGUGUCAUGUUUUAUUUGUGAAAAGAAGAAACUGCUCAUUUUCAGAUAUAUAUCGGGCUGAUGUAAAUCUAUUGUGUUUCAUAUGUAAGGUUUGACAAUGAAAUUAACGUUUUAGUUUCUUCUUUUUUGCUCAUACGCCCCUUUGUUCCUCUUCAUUUACUAGAAAAAAGAUAUUUAAGACUGUUUUAUAAGAAUAUUAUCACCCAAAAGAGAAAAAACUUGUAUUACAAAGUAUGUACAGUGAAUAUUAAAGAUGUUCUAGGAAUUUUACCUAAAUCCAUUCAAUUCCCUGCUAGCCAACUUUGCACAGCGCUUCAGUUUGAGAAGAAAUCUAAGGUUUUAUAGUCUGUCAUAUCUACACUGUGAUGGGGGCUAUUAGGACUGUGUGCUGCAGGACUCAUAGCUGCUGUGUGAGUGUGCUUCUGUGUGUGUGUGUUGGGAAGCCUGUGGGUGUGUGUGAGCGAAUGCGAGUGCAUGCAUGUAUGUGAAUGUUGGUGUGAGUGUGUCAUGUCUGUUGGGCUAGUGAACCAAUAUGCCAGCCUCACACACAAUUGUCCAGUUGUGUAGCUAAAUCUGUCCAUCUCCGUCUUUGUCUUCAGCUCUCUCUCUUUCUGUUUCCGACUCUCUUUCCCGCUUUGUUUUGUUGGGACAUACAGGGUAACAUGAUGCGGUUGCAGUAUUGUGUAUAGUGACUGGAGUGAACUCCAGUGGUAAUGGAUCAGUAAGGUCUGUCCCAGCCUCACCUGUGGAUAUGUUCCUGUGUAAAUAGAUAUUCUAUAGAUACCAAACAAUUAGCAAAUAUGGAGAAGGUGAUUA